CAAGCACUUCAAGUGAAUUGCUGAAUUCUUCUUGAUGUACAAUCGAGGUCGAAGUGCAGAGUCUUCGUCUUCACCAUCAUUCAAGAGCUCGAAAAAACAUCACCCAGCGCUGCGAUGAUCGAACCACCUUGGUCCCUCGAAGGAGCGCUGGAGAUUGAUUGGACCUUAUCUCGGCCAUGUAUCGUCUCGUGGACGGACAUCAACCUGGAGACCAAGACGCUCGGUGUUGAACCUCAAACUGUGACUCUAUGGUUCGGCGUUGAGCCGAAAUCGCGAGUGUGGAUUGUCCUGCUACGGAUCACGCUCAGAUUCAAGAUCUCUGUCAGAUCUAUUCCAUUCGACUUUUACAUCUUUGUGGAUCCGCAUUCUUUCCAGAUCAGUAAGGACCCCUUGGCUGCCUUAUCGCCUGAGCUUAUUGAUCUGCCUGAAUUGCAUGCGGCUAAGUCCGAGCACGGUUGGCUUAGCGCAAUCGUACAGCAGCAGAAGCACACUCAGCCUGCCGGUCUCGUCCUCAUGAAGCAUCAGCCGCCGGGCAACAAACCCUGGAGUGGCACAUCGUUACAUCUACUUUCACUGGUAUAUUCCCUCUCGACAGCUCCUGAGUUCAAGAUUUACCUGGGCAACGAGAGCAAUGUUCGCAGAUUUGUUAAUAGACUUAACAAUGAGCUACCUAGAAUCAUCGUCCCUGCCCACAUUGAUCUACAAAAAGCUUAUAGAGGUAGAGGCGGCAUAUGGGAUGACUGGAAUUCCUAUAGCGACGAAAUCAUCGGUGUGCAAAGAGCCGAUCGACUGAGAUUUCCCGACCUUCCUCCCGAUUACAGCAAGACUUCGACACAGCCCAGUCAGUCGAGAGACUUUCCACCUUGGUCAUCACUGAAACGCGCCGCCGACACCCAAGAAAGUGAAAGCUCUCUGAAGAAGAUAGUGCGACUGGCCCAGGAUAGCUUCCCGGACUGCACUCCCACAGAGGCAAACACAUCGAUACGCGAAGGCUGGUCCCAACAGUCGGCUCAAGUAGACAUGUCAUCAGAACAGGAGCAAUCGACACAAUCGCAGUCCCCUCGCGACAACAAUCACAUCCGACUUACGCCUGGACGCCUGCAAACCCCUGAGCACAAGAACCCUCUUCCUCCUUAUGAAGACGAUGAGACCCCUCCUUAUAUCGCUCAUUCUUCGUCUCCUGAGUCUCUCGACCGCCGCUGCAUGAAACCCACCAUCUUCACCAGGCAAUACCCGAUAGACGCCUCCCCAAAACCUACCGACCUAGAAGUCAUCGUUGCUGCCACCAUUCAAGCACAGAUGCCCACCAUCGUGGCUCAAGUCUAUAAUCAAAUCAAGCUCAACGAGACGGCGACCUUAGCGCAGACGACCAUCGACAAGCAUGUCGCCAUCCACAUGCCCACUAUGAUGCAGGCCACGCUCACUGCACAUCUCUCCGACGUCAACGACGAGUUCGAGUCUGCGUCUGGAGAGCUGCAAGAGGUCAAGGACGAUGCCAUCACCGAGAUGCGCUCCGCGAGAGACGAUGUCCUCAAGGAGCUCGAGGAAGAAAUUCAGGUCGUGCACGUAGAGUACCGGGAGAGGGUCAGCGAGCUUCGGGAGGAAGUCUUUGUCGAUAUUACAGACAAGAUGACCGAGUUUGAAGCCCGCAUCGAGGCAAAGACGAGCGUCGCGACCCCUCCUGCGUACGGGAGUGUCGUACCAGGUACCAUCAACAGGAUCAAGGACGCGGUCAAGGCCUUCAGGGACACCUACCAAGUUUCCCUCACCUCCGAGCAGCAGGUCAUGGUGCUGUUGAGCUUUGCGCAGUACAGCAAUGCGGAGGUGUUCAUGGAGGCCGACCAGGAGAGUAAGAGACUGCUGGUGGCCCACUGGGCUGGUGCCGAGAGGUACGUCACGAACGGAGUCUCUGUCUCCCUCGCAGGCAGGGGUUAAGGGAGAUGUCGGAGCACGAUUGAACGCAGCAUGGUUUUGGCAUUUAGGGUAUAGCAUUGGAGAAAGCGUCAAUUGCAUAGCGAU